AUGUCGGCCGUACUUCAACUAGAAGAUGGCUAUCAAAUGACGGGAACACUUUUUGGUGCACCAAUCAGUGUUACUGGUGAAAUUGUAUUCCAAACUGGCAUGGUCGGAUAUCCGGAAUCAUUAACCGAUCCUUCGUACUGUAAACAAAUUUUGGUUUUAACAUAUCCCUUAAUCGGUAAUUAUGGUGUACCUAAAGAGGAAUUUGAUGAGUUUGGCAUAAUCAAAGGGCUAGAAUCAAAUAAGAUUCACGUGGCCGCCCUUGUCAUCGAUAAUCUUUGCGACGAAUUUAGCCAUUGGAAUGCUAACAAGUCCUUGUCUGACUGGUUAGCUGAAAAUAAUGUCCCUGGAAUAUGUGACAUUGAUACUAGAGAACUGACUAAAAGGAUUCGUGAGAAAGGUUGCAUGAAAGCUAAGGUAAUCGUUAAGGACGACGAUUCAAGUAAAGUUCCUUUCAUAGAUAUUGGCAGUGAAAAUCUAGUGGAAAUUGUAUCUGUAAAGGAACCUAAAAUAUACAAUCCUGACGGAGAUGUAAGCAUUGUCGCUGUCGAUUGUGGUAUCAAAUAUAACCAGAUCCGCUGCCUUGUGACUAGAGGAGCUCGUGUUAAAGUAGUGCCGUGGAAUUAUUACCUUGACAGUUCUGAAUAUGAUGGUUUGUUUUUAAGCAAUGGUCCUGGCGAUCCAGUGAGAUACCAGGCAACGAUAUCCAAUGUUCAACGAAUUCUGAAUGAAACCUCACCUAAACCUGUCUUUGGAAUUUGCCUUGGUCAUCAGUUAAUGUCCCUAGCUGUUGGUGGUAAAAUUAUAAAAAUGCGAUAUGGCAAUCGUGGUCAUAACCAACCAUGUAUUCACCACGAAACUGGUCGUUGUUUUAUCACAACUCAAAAUCAUGGAUACGCUGUUGAUAAAGUGCAAUCUUUGAAAGAUUGGUCGGUCCUCUUUACUAAUGCGAAUGAUGAUACCAACGAGGGUAUUGUACACGAUCGAUUUCCUUUUUUUUCUGUUCAAUUUCACCCUGAGCACAGAGGAGGGCCGCAAGAUUUAGAGCAGUUAUUUGAUGAAUUUCUAUCGAUAGUACGUGACCAUAAAUCAGGAAAAGAUUAUAGUAAACUAUCGCCAAAAAUUCGCCUACAUAAUCGCUUCCUAACUAAUCAGGCAUGUGGCAAGGCUCAAACAAAUGCAAAAAAGGUUCUUUUACUUGGAUCUGGGGGCUUGUCUAUCGGACAAGCUGGCGAAUUCGAUUAUUCAGGUUCUCAGGCUAUUAAGGCUCUGAAAGAAGAAGGUAUAUACACAAUACUUGUAAAUCCGAAUAUUGCCACGGUUCAGACAUCGAAAGGAUUAGCUGACAAAGUUUACUUCUUACCAAUUACUCCUUCAUAUGUAUCUCAGAUUAUUAAGAGUGAACGUCCUGAUGGGAUCCUGCUAUCAUUUGGAGGGCAGACAGCGUUAAAUUGUGGUGUCGCUUUAAAGGAGAGCGGUGUCUUAGAUCAAUAUAAUAUUCAAGUUCUCGGAACAUCGAUACAGUCAAUUAUCUGUACUGAAGAUAGACUAAAAUUUGCUAAGAAACUGGAAGAGAUUAAUGAAUCUAUUGCUCCUAGUAAAGUUGCCUAUACUGUCGACGAGGCGAUAAAUGCGGCUGAAGCACUCGGCUAUCCUGUGCUAGUUCGUGCAGCAUUUGCCCUUGGCGGUCUUGGUUCAGGAUUUGCUGAAAAUAAGCAAGAAAUGAUUUCAGUUGCAAAAUCAGCUUUUGCUCAUACGAAACAAUUAUUAAUUGAUAAAUCGUUACGCGGAUGGAAAGAAAUUGAAUACGAAGUUGUUCGAGAUGCUUAUGAUAAUUGUAUUACGGUUUGUAAUAUGGAAAAUGUUGAUCCUUUGGGUAUACACACUGGUGAAUCUAUUGUUGUUGCUCCUAGUCAAACACUGACCAAUGAAGAAUAUAAUCGGUUACGAUCUGUAGCCAUUAAGACUAUCAGACACCUUGGAGUUAUUGGAGAAUGUAACAUUCAAUAUGCUGUUGAUCCAGCUAGCGAUAAGUAUUGUAUUGUCGAAGUUAACGCAAGAUUAUCCCGUAGUUCUGCAUUGGCAUCAAAAGCAACGGGAUAUCCUCUCGCUUAUAUUGCUGCUAAGCUUUCGCUUGGAUUCAGCCUAGCUGCACUACGUAAUUCGGUAACAAAUUCUACAACAGCCUGUUUUGAACCAAGCCUUGAUUACGUAGUUGUUAAGAUACCUAGAUGGGAUUUAUCUAAAUUUGCACGUGUUGAUACAAAGAUUGGUAGCUCUAUGAAAAGCGUAGGAGAAGUAAUGGCAAUUGGUAGAAAAUUUGAGGAAGCUCUACAGAAGGCAUUAAGAAUGGUAGACGACCACUGCUUGGGCUUUGAACCUGAAUCUACUGAUGUUAACGAAGAGGAAUUAAUGUUUCCAUCGAAUAAGCGGAUCUAUGAAAUUGCAUCUGCGUUGAGGAAUAAUUAUACUAUUGACCGAUUACACAAAUUAACCAAAAUUGAUCCAUGGUUUUUACAUAGAAUGAAAGCAAUAAGUGAAUUUAUGGUCAAGAUGUCCAAGUAUAAGGGAAAGCUACAAGAAAUUCAGAAAUCUACUCUGUCACAUGCGAAGAAAUUAGGAUUUUGUGAUAAACAGAUAGCAAAAUAUUUAGAAAGCACUGAACUAGCUGUCCGAUAUAAGAGAAUUGAUCUUGGAAUUCACCCAUUUGUUAAACAAGUUGACACCGUAGCUGCAGAGUACCCAGCAUGCACCAAUUACCUCUAUUUAACUUAUAAUGGUUCAUCGCAUGAUGUUAAAUUCCAGAAUUUGAAACAUGUUCUGGUUUUGGGAUCUGGUGUCUACAGAAUUGGAAGUAGUGUAGAGUUUGAUUGGUGCGCAGUUAACUGUAUUAGGCAACUUCGUAAGCUGGGUAAAAAGACAAUAAUGGUAAAUUAUAAUCCUGAAACUGUUAGUACGGACUAUGACGAAUGUGAUAAAUUGUAUUUUGACGAAAUUUCGUUUGAGACCGUUAUGGACAUUUACGAAAUGGAACAACCGGAAGGAGUCAUACUAUCGAUGGGUGGUCAGUUGCCUAACAAUAUCGCAAUGCCACUUCAUAGGCAGCAGGUCAAAAUCUUGGGAACAUCCCCAGAGCAGAUUGACAAUGCUGAAAAUCGUUAUAAAUUUUCUCGAUUGCUUGAUGUCAUCAAGAUCAAGCAGCCACUAUGGAAAAAUCUUACGAAUAUGGAAAGCGCCGAGAAAUUCUGCGACGAAGUUGGUUAUCCGUGUUUGGUUCGUCCAUCAUAUGUCUUAAGUGGUGCAGCAAUGAAUGUAGCAAGCUCUCGCGAAGAGCUAGAGACGUAUUUGCAUAGUGCGGUCGCAGUAUCAAGAGAUCAUCCUGUAGUAAUAUCUAAAUUUAUAACGGAAGCAAAGGAAAUUGAUGUCGAUGCUGUCGCACUAGAAGGGACAAUUGUUGCUUUGGCUGUAUCUGAACAUAUCGAAAAUGCUGGCAUUCAUUCAGGAGAUGCUACCUUAGUACUACCACCUCAAGACUUAAACGACGAAACUUUAAUGAAGAUCGAAAACAUUACGAAAGCUAUUGGAUCAGCCUUAAAUGUUACUGGCCCAUUUAAUUUACAGCUGAUCGCGAAAGAUAAUCAAUUGAGGGUGAUAGAAUGUAAUCUACGGGUAUCUAGAUCCUUUCCUUUUGUUUCCAAAACUGUCGGGCAUAAUUUUGUGGCUAUUGCUACAAAGGUAAUGAUGGGAAUACCUAUUGAAGAGUUUGUUGGCUAUCAAGUAUGUGAUCGUAUCGGAGUCAAGGUUCCUCAAUUCUCAUUUUCGCGCUUAGCUGGAUCUGAUGUGAUGCUAGGUGUUGAAAUGGCUAGUACUGGAGAGGUUGCAUGUUUUGGUGAAGAUCGAUAUGAAGCCUACCUUAAGGCGAUGAUUAGUACAGGAUUUAAGAUUCCUAGGAAGACUGUACUAAUCUCUAUCGGAAGUUAUAAGUCCAAAUUAGAAAUGCUUCGUAGCCUCCAAAUUUUGGAAUCGUUGGGAUAUAAAUUAUAUGGCACCCUUGGUACUCAAGAUUUUUAUGCGCAACAUAAUAUUACUAUGGAAGUUGUUGAGUGGCGUUUUGAUGAUUUGGGUAGUGAAGACUCUAGCAGUCUCGGGAAGUACUUAGCGCAAAAUAAAUUCGAUAUGGUCAUUAAUCUACCAAUGAGAUCUGGUGGCAGCCGAAGAGUGUCUUCUUUUAAUACCCUCGGCUAUCGUACACGCCGCUUAGCGGUAGACUAUUCUAUUCCUUUAAUUACGGACAUAAAAUGUGCAAAGCUGUUAAUUGAGUCACUAUAUCGUAUUGGUGGAGCUCCUUCUAUCAAAACCAACAUUGACUGUAUUACAUCCCAUCGUUGUCUUCGAUUACCUGGUCUUAUCGAUGUUCAUGUCCACGUAAGAGAGCCUGGAGCUACACAUAAAGAAGACUUUAAAACUGCUACUGCUGCAGCACUUGCUGGCGGUAUUACUGCCAUUUGUGCGAUGCCAAAUACAAAUCCACCUGUAAUCGAUAUUGAUUCUUUUGAGUAUACGAAAAAGCUUGCUCAGCAAAGUGCAAGAUGUGAUUAUGCUCUAUACGUUGGUGGAAGUACAACCAAUGCUGAAAUAUUACCGGAAGUUGGUGACGCCGCUGUUGGAUUAAAAAUGUAUUUAAAUGACACGUAUACAUCUUUGAGAUUGGACUCUGUUGCUGAUUGGAUGAAGCAUUUCGAAAAUUGGCCAACACAUUUGCCGAUUGUAGCACAUGCUGAAGCUCGAACAACCGCUGCAGUACUACUUUUAGCCCAAAUAUAUAAUCGUCCUGUUCAUAUUGCCCAUGUUGCACGGAAGGAAGAGAUUCUUGUUAUCAAAGCUUGUAAAGAACGUGGUAUGAACGUCACGUGUGAAGUCGCUCCUCAUCAUUUGUUUCUUACAGAAGAUGAUGCAGAGCGCAUAGGGCUAAAACGAUCGAAGGUCAAGCCCCAACUGUGCUCUAAGGAUGAUCAACAGGCAUUAUGGGAUAAUUUUGAUAUUAUUGACUGUUUCGCCACCGAUCACGCUCCCCAUACAAUCGAAGAGAAAGACUCAGAAAAUGGACCACCUGGCUUUCCUGGUUUAGAAACAAUGUUACCUUUGCUUUUAAAUGCUGUACACCAAGGCAGGUUAACGGUUGAGGAUAUCGUGGAAAGAUUAUAUACAAAUCCAAUGAAAAUAUUUAAUUUACCUGAACAAAAGGAUACCUACAUAGAAAUUGAUAUAGACGAAUCUUGGACUAUUCCACAGUUAAUGCCUCAGACAAAGUCAAAGUGGACACCUUUUGCGGGUAUGCAAGCCAAAGGUGUCAUCCGUCGUGUUGUACUUCGUGGAGAAGUUGCAUAUAUUGAUGGAAAAGUCUUAGCAGCCCCAGGUUAUGGUAAAGAUCUUAAGGAAGCUCAACGACAACCAACUCCUGGGUUUCAACAUCGUGACCACCGUCCUCAGUCGCCUGUUCGAUCUGAUCGGAUACCGAAACGAAUCCAUCGUUUAACUGAUGGUGCAGGUAAUUACUAUAUCUAUAUUAUUUCGACGAUAGGGCCAAGUAGCGCACCGUCAAAAUUUCCGAUUAACUUACCUGCUUCAAGCUUUCCCAGUGAUACUGAAAUGCCGUUUUCUGGUUCUGUUUCUAUAUCAAACUCGGAUUUCUACGGUCAUAGUAUAGUUUCGGUAUCUAUGUUUACGCGUGAAAAUCUACAUACCUUAUUUAACCUUGCACAUGAAAUGAAAGUCGCUACAGAGAAAUAUGGAAAGAUAAAUGUAUUGGCGAAUAAGGUCAUGGCUUUGAUGUUUUAUGAAGUCAGUACCAGGACAUCUAGUUCAUUUACAGCCGCGAUGCAGAGAUUGGGAGGAAGUAUUGUAUCAAUUUCGAGCAAAGAUUCUUCUGCUAAGAAAGGGGAAUCAGUGGAAGAUUCAGUUCAUGUCAUGGAAUCUUACUGUGAUUUAGUCGUCUUGAGACACCCUGAACCCGGAAUUGUAAAAAGGGUUGCUGCAAUAGCAACUAAACCUAUCAUUAAUGCUGGUGAUGGGAUUGGAGAACACCCAACUCAAGCACUCCUGGAUGUAUUUACUAUAAGAGAAGAAAUCGGUACAGUCAACGACAUCACGAUUACAAUGGUUGGCGAUUUAAAACAUGGAAGGACGGUUCAUUCUUUGGCAAGAUUAUUAUCUUUAUACCGUGUAAACUUGAGAUAUGUUUGCCCACCGUCAUUAAAAAUGCCUGAUGAUGUUAUAUCGGAAUUAAAUGGGAAAGGCAUUCCUCAGAAAUACUUCAAUUCCAUUGAGGAAGCUCUUCCAGAAACAGAUGUAUUGUAUAUGACACGGAUCCAAGCGGAGCGCUUUCCAAAUGUUGAAGAAUAUGAAAAGGUUUUCGGUAGCCAUGUUUUGACACCUGAAGUUCUCAACCAUGCUAAGGAGAAAAUGGCAAUCUUACAUCCACUGCCUCGUGUGAAUGAAAUAAGCAUUGAAGUAGAUUCGGAUCCACGUGCGGCGUACUUUCGACAGGUCGAAUAUGGAAUGUACGUAAGAAUGGCCCUACUUGCGCUUAUAGUUGGAAAGAACUGA